AUGUCCUCAAAGCCGAGGGUUGUCAUUGUAGGGGCUGGUGCGAGUGGGCUGGCGUGUGCCAUCUCGUUGAAGAAGGUCCAUGGACUCGACAAUUUUACGAUAUACGAGAAGGGGCCUGACAUCGGAGGCACCUGGAGGGACAACAUCUACCCGGGCUGUUCAUCAGAUGUGCCCAUGUCAUUCUACUCCCUCUCAUCAGACCUCCACGACUGGCCGCAGUCUCACGGGUCGAAUGAGGACAUCCAGGCGUACUGGGUCGGGCUCACGCGCAAGUACGGUCUGUACCCGCACAUCGAGUUCAACAAGACUGUCGUGUUGGCCGAAUGGAACUCGGAGAAGCAGCUCUACACGGUCACAGUGGAGAACUUGGCCACUGGCGAGCGGAGCGUCUCGACUGCGGCGAUUGUCGUCUCGGCCAUUGGGGUUUUGGAAGUCCCGAGGUAUGCGGGUAUACCGGGAAGGGAGACGUUCAAAGGAGAGCUGUUCCAUUCUGGGAGGUGGGACACAAGCGUCGAUUUGGCGGGGAAGAAGGUCGGAGUCGUUGGUAAUGGCGCGUCUGCAACCCAAUUUGUUCCUUGCAUUACGAAGGACCCUAGCGUUAACGUAGUCAACUUUUGCCGAACGCCAAAGUGGCUGUUACCUCCGACACGGAAAACCUAUAGCAACCUUAGGCGUGCCAUCCUCAGAAACAUCCCAUUUGCCUACCGCCUGGUGCGGUGGUCUGUGUUUUUACGACUCGAGUUCAUGUACCUGGCUGUCUUCGGCAAUGCAUUCCUCAGGAGGGUUGUUACAAAGCUGUUAACAUCUUAUAUACGACACACUGCCCCUUCAAGCAUGCACGACAAACUAAUACCAUCGUUCCCUGUGGGAUGCAAACGCGUGAUAUUUGACACUAACUAUUUGAAGGCGCUUCAUCGCCCAAACCUCAAAGUUAACUGGGACGGCGUUGAAAGGAUUACCGAGGACGGAGUCGUAACAAAGACAGGAGACCACAUACCGCUUGACGUCCUCAUUUUCGCGACAGGAUAUGCCGCCGAUGAAUACCCUCUGCCUAUCGUAGGCAACAGGAAGAUGUCCAUCCAAGAAUCGUUCCGAGCAGGCGGCGGCGGCAAAGCCUACCUUGGAACCAUGGUGCCUGGUUUCCCGAACUUCUUCAUGAUCACAGGACCGAAUGUCGUGACCGGCCAUACGUCUGUAAUAUAUACCACCGAGGUUCAGAUAAACUACAUCAUGCAGCUCAUUUCCCCUAUUCUCGGGCGCAAGAUAGAGUCACUAGAGGUAACACAGAGCGCUACCAAUGCGUACGACGAUAAGAUUCAAGCACGGCUCAGCAACUCUGUAUUCAUGCAGUGCCAUUCCUGGUACCGUGUUGGCGGCGAGGGCAAGGUCACGAACAAUUUCCCUGCCGCGGCCACGGUGUUCUGGCUCUGGCUCCGCAAGCCCGACUGGAUCCAUUACACAGUCAUUGGCGGGGAGAGCUGGUUAGCCAAGCAGCAACUCCGCCAGAGGAUUUGGGGUGGUUUUAAGAUGUCUGCGUUAUUGUGCAUCCUUGUGCUAGGUGCUAGCUACUCGCGGAGAGCGAUCUUUCGAUGA